GAAUUUGGUUUCAGUUUAACUCCGUUCACUUCGUUUUCUUCAGCCUCUCUUACAUAAUCUGAAAAUUUCUACUCAGACAAGGUAUCGACAUAGCGGGGAAUCGGGGAUAGUCUCUCAAAAAUCACGUCCAUGGCGACCAAAGCUAAAGCUUCACUUUUUUCAUCAAAGAAGAAACUGAUAAGAAGUAUCAAAAAAACAGCAGACGACGUAGAUUCAUUACCAUGGAAAUCUUCUGUUUCUCAAGAUGACGAUCCUUUAGCUCUUCCUCAAGGAGCUAACGAUUUUGAUGGCGGUUUUAUUUCUCUUGAAGAGAUUGAUGAAGUUGAUUAUGGUGUUUUGAUAAAUAAUCCUUUUGAAUCCAAGAAACGGCUUCGUACUGAGGACUCUGGCGACAAUGAAGAGAAAGUUGACAAGAAAGUAAAGAAACCAAAGGCUAAGAAGAAGAAGAAAAAUAAAAGUGUCAUAGUUUCUGAAGGGGAUUCUACGAGUUUGGGUGUAGUAAAAGACGAUAGUGACAUUAAAGUUGAGAUAGCAGAGACAGUAGUUGAUGAAGCUGAAUUUUAUGAGUGGAAGGCAUUGAGGCUUCAUCCAUUGUUAUUGGAAUCGAUUUACAAGCUUGGGUUUAAAGAACCCACACCUAUUCAGAAAGUUUGUAUUCCUGCUGCUGCACAUCAAGGAAAGGAUGUGAUUGGUGCGGCGGAAACAGGAUCUGGGAAAACACUUGCUUUUGGGCUUCCAAUUUUACAACGUCUACUUCAAGAGCGAGAAAAAGCAGGCGUAUCACUUACGGAGAGAAGAAAUGAUGUGGAAAAAGGAGCUCUUGGAAGUACACUUCGGGCGCUCAUCAUAACUCCUACAAGGGAGCUGGCAUUCCAGGUUACUAAUCAUCUCAAGGUGGCUAGUAGCUUGACAAACAUCAGGGUUGUCUCAAUUGUUGGUGAGAUUUCGCCAGAAAAGCAGGAAAGACUUCUAAAAGCAAGGCCUGAGAUUAUUGUUGGGACUCCAGGGAGGUUAUGGGAGUUUAUGCAAGGAGGGAAUCCACACCUUGUUGAGUUACAUUCGCUGUCAUUCUUUGUUCUAGAUGAGGCUGACCGUAUGAUAGAGAGUGGUCAUUUUCAAGAGUUGCAGUCUAUCAUUGACAUGUUACCUAUGACUGCUGCACCUGAUGAAGGGAAGUUUGAAAAUUCACAGAGUUGUGUAACGGUUUCAAACAUCCAAAGGAAGAAAAGGCAAACAUUCGUCUUUUCUGCCACUAUAGCAUUAUCUUCUGAUUUUCGUAAAAAGCUAAAGGGUGGAUCUCGUAAAUCCAAACAAUCUUUGAAUGGCGAGUUGAGCUCUAUAGAAAAGCUUUCAGAACGAGCAGGGAUGAGGGCAGAUGCCGCAAUCUUUGAUUUGACAAAUGCUGCAGUUAUGGCGGAUAAAUUAGAAGAGUCGUUUAUUGAAUGCAGGGAAGAAGAUAAAGAUGCCUAUCUAUAUUAUCUUUUGAGUGUUCACGGGCAAGGCCGGACUAUUGUUUUCUGUAGGUCAAUAGCAGCUUUACGUCGUAUUUAUUCGCUUGUGCGCCUCCUUGGCAUUAAUCUGUGGUCUUUUCACGCUGACAUGCAGCAGCGAGCACGCUUGAAGGCGAUGGAUCGUUUUCGUGAAAGCGACAAUGGUAUACUUAUUGCUACUGAUCUUGCAGCAAGAGGUCUUGAUAUCCCUGGUGUUCGAACCGUUGUCCACUAUCAACUUCCACAAUCAGCUGACGCUUAUGUGCACAGAUGUGGAAGAACUGCUAGAGCAUCUGCAGACGGUUGCAGCAUUGCAUUAAUCAAUCCAAAGGAUAAACCAAAAUUUUCAUCCUUGUGCAAAUCUUUGCAAAAGGUAAGUCUUCGACGGUUUCCUUUAGAUAACUCAUACAUGCCAGAGAUUAUGAAAAGAUUAUCUAUUGCGCGCCAGAUAGAUAAGAUCAUGCUCAAGGAUUCCAAGGAAAAGGUAAACAAAGCCUGGUUAGAACGUAAUGCCAAAUCGGUAGAUUUGGUUGUAGACGAGGACGACAGUGAGGAAGAAAGAGUGAAUAGUCAUAAACAAAGAAAAGUCACCUCGUCUAGAUUAAUCAAGCUGCAGACGGAGUUGAAGAGCCUGCUUUCCAGACCUUUACAGCCAAAAUCAUUCUCACAUCGCUUUUUGGCUGGGUCUGGCGUUUCGCCUCUACUCCAACGCCAAUUGCAAGAAUUAUCAGCGAAGCAGUAUGGAGCCACUUCAGGCAAUGUUGGAGAAAACAGAAAAAGGAAACUAGUUGUUAUUGGGCAGGAUUGUAUGGAGCCACUUCAGGCACUUCGUAGCGGCGGGCAUGAGGUUUCCAUGAAUGUGAAAGAGACGUCGGGAAGUGGAAGGAACAUCAUCGAGAAUGCAAAAAGAAAGAAAAGAGAAACUAAAAACCGUGCCCGUGACCAGAAGAGAAGAGACGUGAAAAGACUGAAGAGUAGAAGAGCUUUUUAGGAUCCCAUAACUUGGAAGAAGUGUGAUGAGUAAUGGAAGAGUUGUUAUGUAUUUAUUGGACUCCAAGUUUAACCCAAGGGGAAUGAAAAUCCAAUUUUGGCCUUAGUGUUGUUUCAGUUUUUGGUUCUCAUAAUCUGUAAUGAUGGUAGCGCUCUUCCUAGUGCUUGCCAGCUUUGGCUCAAAUUUGGAUCGGAACUGCUUAUUACUAGUUGUAGCUCUCAAAUUUUGUGUACUUGCUGAUAAAGAGAAAUUUCCAUGGUUGCAACUCGUUUAAGAGUGUCUAGUUUAGUACUACCCCAGUUGAUGUAAGACGUCCCUCAUUGUUUACUUAGCAUAGAGCUACAUGGCUUUUACCUGUUUCCUAA